AUGGACGAUGAAAAGGAAGGUCUAUUGGCCAAGGAUAAAACAUAUGAAAAGGAAGUUCCUUUGGUUAAAGAGAAAUCAUAUACGGAAUGUAUGAGUACACGAAUGAAAGUGAUGAUGUAUGCAUUAAUUUACAACUGUGCGAUUACUGUGACCACAACAAUCGAACCACAAUUUACAUAUUCAUACAUUAAACAUCAUAAUUCUUUUAAUGACACCAGUGAUGAAACACAGAAUAAUUCUACUCAAAACUUUAAGACGUGUGAAGCCAAUUCAACAUCAUCAGACGAUCAACUACAACAAUUAGCAUCCGACUGGUCAUGGUACAUGCAAAUAGCUGAAGCGGGAGUUUCAUUUCCAAUUGUAAUGUUUUCAGGACCAAUCGCUGAUAAAAUUGGACGAAAACCUGUUUUGAUGUGGAAUUUAGUUAUAACACUCGUUUCAUUUAUUCUUAAAACAGUAAUUGUGUAUAGAAACAUGAAUUUAUAUUAUUAUACUAUUGCAUGCGGAAUAUUAGGGCUUGCAGGAUCGUUUUAUACAUAUCAAAUAACAAACUUCGCUAUUCUUGCAGAUGUAACCUCAGAGGGUAAAGAUAGAUCUUUAAUGAUGACUGUAUACGAUGCUUUAUCUGCUGUUGGUUCUGUUAGCUUUCAAAUAGGCACUGGGUACUUAAUACAACUAAUAGGCUUUACAGAUCCAUAUAUAAUAACUUCAGGCAUGUUUCUGUUUCUUUGUGUUUUAGUACAGAUAACACUAACCGAUUCUUGGAAACCACCAGACAAGAAAACUAAGAUGAAAUGGCUUACUAUUCCUUUCGAGUUAUUUUCAUUCUGCUUUAAGCCUGAAAAUAUGAGUAAACUAGUUAAUAUAACCAAAUUCAUCAUUUAUUUCUUGGCGUAUUGCCUUUUUUAUUUUCCACAUUGUGUGGUUAGUGCAAUAAGAACUAUAUUUCAGUUGGGAACCCCGUUUUGUUGGACAUCUGAACAUAUUGGAUGGUAUGGAGCAGGAUCUGACUUUGCCAUGUUUAUAGGUGGAACACUCAUGCUAAAGACAUUUCAUUCUUGUUGCGUCGGGUUGUCCGACCGAGUGAUCGCAGUCUUUGGAAUUAUAUCCUGCAUGGCAACGUAUAUUGUGUAUGGGCUAUCGAAAAACCAAUGGAUAUUAUACGGGGCAAUAGGGACAGGAAUUAUUCGAGUUCUGCCAGUGUCUUUAAUUAGAGCACUUUUGUCCGAGAUGGUGCACAAAGACAAGCAAGGAGUACUGUAUUCCUCCAUUCAUGUGAUGGAAACAUUACUGAGAAUAGGAGGAGCUAAGGGAGCUACCAUUUGA